AUGAUAAUUCGUCAUAUGCUCAAGAAAGAGCCCGAGGACGAUCAUGCCUCCAUCUUCAUUGUCCCCAAAACCCUGAAAUCUACCAAGCCUGAUUCCUACAUUCCCCAACAUGUGACGCUAGGCCCCUACCAUUACCGGCGGCCGGAGCUCUACGAGAUGGUGAGAUACAAGCAUGCCGCAGUUCGAACAACCCAUAAACAGCUACACAGCAUCGGGUUUGAAGAGCUCGUCGAGGAGUUUAAGAAGCAGGAGCCAAGGAUCCGCUCUUCCUACCAUAAAUACCUUGAUUUCGACCGUGAAACACUAGCCUGGAUGAUGGCUGUCGAUGCUUCCUUCUUGCUUGAAUUCCUUCAUAUUAAUGCCGUCAGAAAAGGUAGUAGGAACCUAACCAAAGUUUCAUCUGGGAUGGCUUACUUCAUUGAUUAUGCCAGAACGAAGUCGGACUACAAUCCGAUUCUUAGAGACAUAGUGAUGCUUGAGAACCAAAUUCCAUUGUUCCUCCUGAAGAAGAUCCUGGACUACCAGUGCUUAUCGCCAGAGAUUGAUGCUGACGAUGUUCUAUAUUCCAUCUUAAUGGAUCUGUGCAAGGAGCUCUCCCCGCUUAAGAUGAUACACAACUUCCAACGAACACGAAAGCGUGUCUCUUUCUCUGAACACUUUCAUCACUUGUUAGAUUUUCUGUACUCCACGAUUGUGCCCAGGUUGAAUAAGGAACAGCAUUCUGAAAUCGAUGAAGUAGUUGAUGGUGAUGAAGGGAGCAAUAAUCCGGCCGGCGACGGGAGGAAAGAGGAAACGUUCAAGAAUUGUGGUCCUGUAAAACAAGUACUGGAGUUCAUUUGGAAGAUGCUCUCCAACGUAAACAAAGGCCCGAUGCAUUCCGUCACGAAAGUUCUAGCUUCAAAACCUGUUAAGGUAGUGCUACAACUCCCAUGGGAGAUCCUCUCUCGUCUUCCUGGAUUUGCCAUCUUGAAACAACCUGCUGAGCUCUUCUCUCAAGGUGAUGGAGAUGGAAACCCCGAAGAUGAUGAUUCAAGCUCGACGAACAGUGUCGACAGACCUCCAUUGAUAGAGGAGAUCACAAUCCCCUCUGUUACUGAGCUUCACAAGUGUGGAGUCCGAUUCUCCCCCACCAAUGGCGACAUCACAACCAUCAGUUUCGAUGUGAAGAGAGUUACAUUUCAUCUCCCUAAAAUUAGUUUGGACGUUAACACAGAAGUAGUAUUAAGAAAUUUAGUAGCGUAUGAGACUUCAGCGGCAUCAGGGCCAUUGAUUUUUACUCGGUACACCGAGUUAAUGACUGGUAUUAUAGACACUAAGGAGGAUGCAGAGCUGCUCAGAGAAAGAGGUAUUAUUUUGAACCGGUUGAAGAGUGACGAAGAGGUGGCAAACCUGUGGAAUGGGAUGAGUAAGUCUGUCAAGUUAACGAAAGUUGAGCUCUUCGAUAAGGUGAUUGAAGAUGUAAACAAGUAUUACGGUAGUAGGUGGAAGGUUAAAGCUAAGAAGUUUUUGAAGGCUUAUGUGUUUGGUUCAUGGCAACUCCUCACACUUCUGGCAGCUCUUAUGCUCUUGCUGUUGAUGACCUUACAAGCUUUCUGUUCAGUCUAUAGCUGUCCUCGUAUCUUCAAUGUAAACACUACAAUUGAAGAGGAGUGA